GAGAUUUCACCGAAUCUGAAGUCAUUGGUUCGGGUACUUUUGGAACAAAAGUGGAGAGAAGUGGAUAGUCUGAAAAAAUUGGACUCAGUUUUUGUUGUUAAAUAUUACGCUUCGUGGAGACAAUGGAAAAAACUGUACAUUCAAAUGGAGUACUGCCCGCAAACACUUCGCUCUGUGCUUGAAGUCAAACAACAAGUGUUUGGCAGACAAUCGACUCAAGCCAUGAAUAUUUACGAGUACUUCGUUUGUUGCGAAAUAUUUCGGGAAAUCUUAGAAUGUCUGCAAUAUAUUCAUACUAUUAAGCCACCGAUGAUUCACCGAGAUAUAAAGCCUGAUAAUAUAUUAAUAUCGCACAAUAAUAUAGACAAUAGAUUCAUUAAAUUGUGUGACUUUGGUCUGGCCAUUGAUCACGACAAGACAUGUAUGAGCCAUACACAGCAUGUCGGGUCACCAGCAUAUAUGGCACCCGAUGUAUCGUCCAGUCACUACGGGGUUAAAGUCGAUAUUUAUAGUUUGGGAAUACUUGCGUUAAGAAACAUAUUUGAUAAAAAUCCUUUGGAUAAAUAUACUGACACUAACUUCUCGACAAACGUGUCUAAAUUAUAUGAUGCUAUUUAUCCAAUGCUUGAAUCGUCCUAUGUCAGACGACCGGACUGUACUCAAUUAAAUUAUGUCGAUGCUUCCGGUGAUAAUAACUUAUGCAAUAACUCAGGUGACCUCUCGAGCAUACCCAUUAACAACGAGAAAUUGGAUAAUACAGCGCUUAAUAAGUGUGACCUUGGUAGAUUUACUAAAUCUAAUAGAUCGCGUCCAUCAAUCCUCACGCGUCCGCUACUAAACACAGAUUACAAUCGAGAUUCGGGCGCAGAGUCUGGGGUCGAAACGGCCAGAAAUGACAUGAAUUCCGACAGUCGGGCGCAUGAAAUGCAUGGAUCUGAAAGGGGAGGCAAUGGUUCGGUCAAAGGUGUGAUCAAAUCGGCCCCGAAAAGGAUGGGUAGUAUCAGAAGGUUAAGAGCCGUUUUAAAUAGGGGCCGAAAUGUGGGAAAUAAUGAGAAAGUGAGGGACAGAGAGAUGGCAAAUAGCAAAGUAAUUAAGAUUGAAAAUCAUGUGGACAUCAAUACAAUUAAGUUAUUUCAUGUUUUCGAUGAUUACAAUGGAUUUAAUGUAUUGUUUAUAACAAAUGAUGAUAUGGUUUACGGCAUGGGAUCUAAUUAUUUCGGAUCACUCGGUUUGGGACACAAUUGGGCGGUCAAUACACCACAUAUUAUACCAGAAUUGUGUCAACAAAAUAUACAACAAUUUAUUUGUGGAUUGGAUUUUGUUUUAUCUAUUAAUGACAACAACUGUAUACACGGGUGGGGUCGUAAUGAAGGGGUACAGUUAGUGCAAUUACCCACUCUUGAAUAUUUAAAGCCAUACAUCAUUUCAUUGCCUAAUAAUCCUGUUAUCCGUGAUAUUAGUUGUGGUUAUUAUCACUCACUUGUGGUUACUUUUGAUGACUGUGUCUACGGAUGGGGUUAUAAUAUUUAUGGACAGUUGGGUUGUGGGGAACAGCACUCGACUCAAGUCAUAACUCCCAUACAAAUAGAAUUUAUAGACAAUGGGAUUGAAUAUAAAAUACGUAUUGUUUAUUGUUGUGAGUAUUCUUCGUUUGCCGUCACAACUGAUGGCCAACUGUUCAGUUGGGGUCGAAAUGAGGGCCAUUUGGGACACAAUUUAUUUAAGAAUGUAUUUAAACCACAAAUGGUUUAUAAUUUGUCUAACGUUCAAACCGUGUGUCCAACUGAUCAUGAUUUCAAUAUAAUUGAAACAAUGAACAAAUUGUCAAACAUUUGUGCCAAAAAUGUGGUCCAAUACUACAAUACGUGGUUUGAAAACAACAAAUAUUAUAUACGAAUGGAGUUGUGUCCACACAGUUUACAGACAGUACUGUCACUCAUAGGCCCGGCAUUUGGCCGCCGAUCGGCCGCAGAGGCCAUGAAUUCGUCAGAGUUUUAUAUAUCGUGUCAAAUAUUUAAAGAACUGUUGAAAUGCAUACAAUAUUUGCAUGAUUUGAGUCCAGCAGUGAUUCACCGAAACCUCAAACCCGAGAAUGUGUUAAUCGGAGGCAAAGCCGGGAAUUUGUGUUUGAAAUUAUGUGACUUUGGUUUGAGUCAUGUCUUUAAGAGUCUGUCAGACAAUAGAAAUCCCGAAUAUUUAUCGCCCGAAGAAUUUAACGGACAAUCAGUUGACUACAAGACAGACAUUUACAGUGCGGCCAAAAUCGGAGAAAUAAUAUUUGAUAUUAAAUUACCCCCUAAAUUUAUGAAUAAUGUGGUUUAUCGGAUCGUGCUGCAUUCUCCACCCACCCGGCCCCCGCUCUAUGGGAUU